UUGAAUAUCAUGGACCCGGAUGUUCGUAAGACGCUGAUGGAACUGAACCGUCCUAGGGGGAAAUUCCGCACACAGGUUCUGAAGAAAUCCCAAGAAAAAGUCCGGAAAAAUAUUAAAAGUACAUUUAGAUUUUCACGUGUGCUGAAAAAAAUCGGAGAAAAUAUUCCAAAAUGUUCCUGCACACGCCAGCUUUCCCGCGCUUUUUGCACGGAACUUUUCCCGUUUUGGGGGAUUAUGAAAAAAUAUAGUAUUCGGAAGUAUCUGCUGGCGGAUUUCGUAGCUGGUCUGACCGUUGGGAUCAUUCACAUACCUCAAGGUAUGGCCUAUGGACUCCUGACCAACCUACCCCCCGUGUACGGCCUGUAUACAAGCUUCUUUCCCGUCAUCCUCUACUUCUUCUUCGGGUCCUCCAAGAAGAUAUCCAUUGGAACUUACGCCGUGACGAGUCUAAUGGUGGGGGCAGUGGUGCAGGAGAAAGCCGACCUAUACCUGCGACCCUCCAUAUCUACUACAACAAUAGCAUCGUCCGUCGGCCCGCCAAUCAUAAACUCUACAGCAGAAACGGCUUACUCUAUAAUUACCGCGAACACCACGGCGGUCCCACUCAUAUCCACCACGCGACAUCAUCCCACCGCGGCGGACCUAACGGACGACGAACUUCGUGUUAGAGUGGGGCUUGCUAUGUCUGUGACGUUUAUGGCUGGCCUUAUACAACUGUUCCUGGGGAGCUUCCGGUUUGGCGGAUUGGCGUCCUUCAUGUCGGAUCCGUUGAUCAGCGGAUUUACCACCGGGGCAGCCAUCCACGUGUUCACCAGUCAGGUCAAAUACCUGUUCGGUGUCCAGGUGUUUUCUUACCACGGUGCUUUCAAAAUGAUUUAUUUCUACCGAGAUUUCUUCGCCGUCCUAAAUCAGGUCAAUCCCGUGGCCGCCGUGGGUUCGGUGACCACCAUCUUUGUCCUGAUUCUGAUCAAGGAAGGUAUCAAUAAUAACCCGACGUGUAUGAAGAACUUACCUGUCCCCAUCCCAGUAGAACUCUUCGUGGUAAUCGCUGGAACGGUUAUUUCCCAUUACACGAAAAUCAACGAGAAAUUCGAUGUUGAGGUUGUCGGUCACAUUCCUGUGGGAGUUCCCCCGCCCACGCUCUCCCACCUUGGCUUCAUUGGUGACGUAGUUGGUGACGCCAUCGCUGUGAGCUUUGUUGCCUUCGCUACAUCCUAUGCCAUGGCCAAAAUAUUGGCAGAGAAAGACAAAGAAGAAGUUAAUGCAAACCAGGAACUGGUCGCUAACGGACUGUGUAAUGUGAUUGGGGCCUUGUUCUCGUCCUUCUGCUGCUCCGCCUCUCUCUCCCGGAGUCUUGUCCAGGAAAAUUCUGGCGGGAAAACACAGGUAGUGGGACUGGUGUCCUCCCUCCUUGUUUUUAUCGUCAUAGCUUACAUUGGACCCAUGUUUUCAAGUCUGCCAAACUGUAUCCUGGCUUGUAUCGUGAUCGUCACACUCAAAGGAAUGUUCCAUCAGUUCCAUGACAUGGUGUUUCUAUGGCGGCUGUGCAAGAGAGAUUUUGCUGUUUGGUUUGUGACUUUCUUGGCCACCAUAAUCUUGGAUGCCGGCCUCGGUUUGAUGGUAGGGGUCAUUUUUGCCCUCUACUUUGUGCUCAGAAACACUCAGAGGCCCUAUAUCUGUGCCAUGGGGCGGGUGCCCGGAACAAAUGCUUACAAAGAUCUCAAACUCAGUCGAACAUUGAUUCAGAUUCCGGGAAUCAAGAUAUUCAGGUUUGACUGUAACCUGUACUUCGCCAAUGCUGAACAGUUCAGGGACCGACUGUACGAGAGGACGGGGCUCAAUCCCAAAAAACUGAAAACCAAAAAACAGAAGGCCCUGUACAAAGCACUGCUACAAAGGAAGCGAGAGGUCGAGCUCGCCGAGAUUGAGGAAGCGGCCGCACUCAAAAAGGAAAAGAAGCAGAUGAAGAAGAGGAUCACAAUCGAGGAAGACGUGGAGAAGGAUGAUGACGACGACAAAUCUCUGACAGAGGAGCAGCAGACUGAGCUACAGCUAGAGAACGACGAGAUGCAGACGAGGUUUUCCCGCGCUUGGGUGCCGCCCGUGCACACCGUGGUUCUCGACUUCUCGGUCAUCAGUUACGUCGAUAGCGUGGCUGUCAAGAUCCUCUCACAGAUAAUAAUGGACUACAAAGAAGUCGGCAUAAAAAUCUUUUUAGCGGGCUGCAGAGAGGACGUCCGCAAAAUAAUCAAGAAAUCCGAGUUUUACCAGACAAUAGACUACAACUGCCUGUACUUUACCAUACAUGAAGCCGUGGUCAUUGCUCAAGAGCUAAAUCAACAAGUUGGGGAUCCGCCAUUAAGUCCAAAGGAUGUUUUGAUGGUGGAGGAAGAGAGCCGAGAGGCUAGUGCUAGGUUAGCGGCCAUCAGUGAGAGUGAGGAGAAAUACCCCGGGGACAUCCCUCAACUAGGUGCUAGUGAAUAGGUACUUACAACGAAAGGUAUGCUGUCUCAGGUAUAGAAAAUUCCAACUUACGUAAGACGGAUCUCCUGAAGAAAAACACCUUCCGAAAAACUUUGUACAUAUCUGUGCAAGAAGGAGGGCUCUAAACUCGACUUGUGCAAAAAACGACUUACUGGUCCGAAAUCUAAUCUUCUCCAUGAUGCACAAUCCCAGUGUCUCGUGAAGUGAUACUAUUGACUUGUACUUUAUGCAUAUAUUAUAUAUCCAUGUCCCAUUGCUUAUUUUUAUUUUUCACAGUUUAAAUUUGAGUAAAAGCAUAACAAUCAA